AUGUCACGCUUUUCAAACGCGUUCCCUAUAAAGAAAGCUUUUGCAUUUAUAACUUUUAUAGAACGCAGAUUAGCACGCCAUUAUUUUCAUGCAUUUGUAAACCCGCUCUUUGAUCGUCGUCGGAAAUUAACGCAGAAGCAAUAUACUCCAAUAACUCAUGAAAAAGACAAAAUAACACCCCCUCUAAGUGCUUUUGGUGCCAGACUACAACUUUCCUUCCUUAAUCCCCAACUACUCUUACAGAGUGUUACUGAUGAGUCAUACUCAAAUACCGACUAUGAGUCUAAUAAAACUUUGUCAAUUCUGGGAGCGCAUGUAUGUCGUCUAUUUGUUACCGAAUAUUUUCAUAUAAAAUACCCUCUUAUGCCUUUACCUGCCUUGGAGGAGGUGGUAAAACUUUACACUGGUCAACAAACAUUAUUGAGUUUCGGAAAGGAAGUUGGAUUAUCUUUAGUGAUAAGGUGGGAAAAGAUUACAGAUUUGAAGAAAGCUCAGCAAUCAAAGCAGGCAAGAGAUACCUUACCACCGAGUACUACACCAAGUGUUGCAUUGGUACGGUCGAUUCAUGCAAUUAUUGGUGCACUUUAUCAAGAUAAGGGUCCAUUAGCUGCGAGAAACUUUGUUCAUUCGUAUUUGCUAUCAAGAGAGGUGAAAAUAGAUUUGGUCUAUGAAAAAACUUGUGCUAAACUUCCAAAAAGAGAAUUAUCUUUGUUAAUGCAACGGCAAGGUAAAAUUCUACCGAUUUCAAGAAUGUUGAAGGAAACGGGUCGUAAUACGAAUAGUCCAAUAUUUAUUGUCGGUGCUGCAAGAGAUGCUUUGAAGAGCCAUUACUUGACCGAAAUAAAAGAUUUUACUCUACCAUCCGGCGUUAUUGAUGAUGUAGAAUAUGAACCAACCGAAAUCGGUGACACACCCGUCAUUGUCUGA